AUGGAGCCCUUCCUCAGGAGGCGGCUGGCCUUCCUGUCCUUCUUCUGGGACAAGAUCUGGCCUGCGGGCGGCGAGCCGGACCACGGCACCCCCGGGUCCACGGACCCCGACGCCGACCCAGUGCCCGCGCUCCCCGCGGAGCCCUGCGGCCCCUUCCCGCAGCUCUUCCUUGCGCUCUACGACUUCGCGGCGCGGCGCGGCGAGGAGCUGAGUGUCCGCCGCGGGGACAGGCUCUGCGCCCUGGAGGAGGGGGGCGGCUACAUCUUGGCGCGCAGGCUCUCGGGCCAGCCCAGCGCCGGGCUCGUGCCCAUCACCCAUGUGGCCAAGGCUUCUCCCGAGACGCUCUCAGACCAACCCUGGUACUUCAGCGGAGUCAGCCGGACCCAGGCACAGCAGCUGCUCCUCUCCCCACCCAACGAACCAGGGGCCUUCCUCAUCCGGCCCAGCGAGAGCAGCCUCGGGGGCUACUCACUGUCAGUCCGGGCCCAGGCCAAGGUCUGCCACUACCGGGUCUCCACGGCAGCCGACGGCAGCCUCUACCUGCAGAAGGGACGGCUCUUUCCCAGCCUGGAGGAGCUCCUCACCUACUACACGGCCAACUGGAAGCUGAUCCAGAGCCCCCUGCUGCAGCCCUGCGUGCGUCAGAAGGCUCCGUGGCAGGAUGCGUGGGAGCGACCACACUCCGAAUUUGCCCUUGGGAGGAAGCUGGGUGAAGGCUACUUUGGGGAGGUGUGGGAAGGCCUGUGGCUGGGCUCCCUGCCCGUGGCGAUCAAGGUCAUCAAGUCAGCCGACAUGAAGCUCGCCGACCUCGCCAAGGAGAUCCAGACGCUGAAGGGCCUGCGGCACGAGCGGCUCAUCCGGCUGCACGCGGUGUGCUCGGGCGGGGAGCCUGUGUACAUCGUCACGGAGCUCAUGCGCAAGGGAAACCUGCAGGUCUUCCUGGGCAGCCCCGAGGGCCGGGCCCUGCGUCUGCCGCCGCUCCUGGGCUUUGCCUGCCAGGUGGCUGAGGGCAUGAACUACCUGGAGGGGCAGCGCAUCGUGCAUCGGGACUUGGCCGCCAGGAAUGUGCUUGUGGACGAUGGCCUGGCUUGCAAGGUGGCUGACUUUGGCCUGGCCCGGCUGCUCAAGGACGACAUCUACUCCCCGAGAAGCAGCUCCAAGAUCCCGGUGAAGUGGACAGCACCUGAGGCGGCCAGUUAUCGUGUCUUCUCCCAGAAGUCGGACGUCUGGUCCUUUGGCGUCCUGCUGUACGAGGUUUUCACCUAUGGCCAGUGUCCCUACGAAGGGAUGACCAACCACGAGACGCUGCAGCAGAUCAUGCGAGGGUACCGGCUGCCGCGCCCGGCUGCCUGCCCGGCAGAGGUCUAUGUGCUCAUGUUGGAGUGCUGGAGGAGCAGCCCCGAGGAACGGCCCUCCUUCGCCGCGCUGUGGGAGAAGCUGCACGCCAUCCACAGAUGCCUUCCGCGAGUCCUCACGUGA